AGGACGUAGUGCUUGCCAGUCAGUCAGUCUCUGUCGAUGGAAGCCUUUUAAAAAGUUUAAGCUCGCUCCUCCGGAGGGCUGGCGGUUCAUUCGAGUGUCCGGAGAGUCGCUUCUUCUCCGCGAAGCUGAUGGGAAGCCACUCCGGUGUCUUGUAGGGGAAGCUGCAGGGAUGCGUGAGUUAAAGGGCGCUUCGUGCCCAUUUCUCCUGAAGGAUGAUAUCCCUGAAACACCUGAAACAGGGCAGCAGAGACAGCGUGGAGGAAGAGAAAGGGCAGCAGGUGCGAUGCUGUGCUGAGGCGAUGGACGGCCAGGUGGACGCAGCCACGCAGACGGACCCAGUGGUGGUGCUGUCGCUGGCCCAGGCCGCCGUACUAGGCCUCAUCUCCCAGAACGAUGUGUUCGGCGCCACCAUUGCACCGAAUGGCUUCUACACGGGCGAGGCAAAGGAGGGCACCGGGUUCGAGUGCAGUGAGCAACUCAUUGGGGCCAACGGGGACUACCUGGUGGAGGAAGGGAGCGGGCCAGGGACAUCCUGCACGAAGGCCGGGGCCAAGUUGACAGGGCCCGCAGAUGGGGCCCCUAAGGUGGUAACUCAGGUGAAGGACGAGGCAGUGGAGGAUGCCUCACCCUCCUGCGAGCACGUGCCUGGCGGCCACGUCCCUCGGGAGGGCGUGCGGCUGGUGGACCCCAGCACCUACCGAGUCACCCCCAAGGAGGAGCCACCCGGAAACUGCUGCCCUGACUGCCAGAGGGAGGUGAGAAGGCAGAAGGUGGGUGAGGAGCCAGAGGCGGAGCACACUGAAGGGGGCCCCAAGAGCCCCCCCAAGCCGGGCGAGGAGGCGGACAGCCCCAGAACGAGCCACUACUUCGAGGCUGGGGAGGUAGGCUAUGAGGCUGCCACCCCAGGGGGCUUGGAGGAGGCUGGACGGGAGGCAACCUGGGCCGAGGCGGAAGAUGCCGAGGGCCAGCGGGCACGGCGCCCCCAGAUGGACCGGCUAGAUGUGAACGUGCAGAUCGACGAGUCGUACUGCGUGGAUGUGGGCGAGGGUCUCCGGCGCUGGAAGUGCCGGCUGUGCGACAAGUCCUACACCUCCAAGUACAACCUGGUGACGCACAUCCUGGGCCACAACGGCGUCAAGCCACACGGCUGCCCGCACUGCGGCAAGCUCUUCAAGCAGCCGAGCCACCUGCAGACUCACCUGCUGACGCACCAGGGUGCGCGGCCGCACCGCUGCGCCGUCUGCCAGAGGGCCUUCACCCAGACCAGCCACCUGAAGCGUCACAUGCUGCAGCACAGCGACAUCAAGCCAUACAGCUGCCGCUACUGCGCGCGCGGCUUCGCUUACCCCAGCGAGCUGCGGGCGCAUGAGGCCAAGCACGGCGGCGGCCGGCGCCACGUCUGCCCCGAGUGCGGCCUGGAACUGCCCAGUCACGCCCACCUGAAGCGGCACCGGGCCGCCCACCAGGAGGCCGCUGCCCACCAGUGCCCGCACUGCCGGAGGGCCUUUGCCUACCGCAGCCAGCUGCAGAGCCACCUGGCCAAGCACCAGAACGCCCGGCCCUUCGGCUGCCACGAGUGCGGCAUGGAGUUCGCCCAGGUGCACCACCUCAAGCAACACGCACUCACGCACAAGGGGAUGAAAGAGUUCCGAUGUGACGUGUGCUCGCGCGAGUUCACGCUCUCCGCCAACCUGAAGAGGCACAUGCUGAUCCACACCAGCGUGCGGCCCUACCAGUGCCACGUCUGCUUCAAGACCUUCGUCCAGAAGCAGACGCUCAAGACCCACAUGAUCGUCCACCUGCCUGUCAAGCCCUUUAAGUGCAAGGUCUGCGCAAAGUCCUUCAACCGCAUGUACAACCUACUAGGCCACAUGCAUCUCCAUGCAGGCAGCAAGCCCUUCAAAUGCCCCUACUGCUCCAGCAAGUUCAACCUGAAGGGGAACCUCAGCAGGCAUAUGAAAGUCAAACAUGGCAUCAUGGACGCUUCUCCAGAGGGCCAAGAUCCCCUCCCUGACAUGGACGCCCAGGACGACUACGAGGAGGAGAAUUUUGACUUCCCUGAGAGGGAGACCUUGGAGAGCCACAGCGGCCCAGCCGUCAGCAAGCUGUCUGAGGAGCACCUGCGCGACAUGGACUACUACUCGUUCAGUAAGGAGGGCGAGCACUAUGGCACCGUGUGAGCCGGCCAGCGGGGAGGGCGCUGGCAGUCCGCGUCAGGGCUGCGUGGCGGCAGCGGUCACCGGGCGAGCUGGGAAGCCGCAGGAGAUGAACGUGAGAACGUCCUCGACUCAAAUGACUUGCGGAACAGGGAAGGAGUUUCCAGCUUGGGGGAAUCUCACAUGCUCUUCCGGCAAGGCUGAACUCGUCUCAUUUGGCCCAGCAGAGAAGUUUCUUUUCUCUCUCUUUUUCCUCCUCCUUUCUUCUGUGUGUUAAGCAGUCACCAGGAAGAGCCAAGCUUGUGAAAUGGGGCAGGGGGUGUACCUAGGUGCUAGAAGCUUCGUAGAUGGAGCAGGAGUGGUGAACUCAACGUGAAGUUAGUUUAUCCACUGAGCUUGACUCCCCCAUCCCCCCCACCCCCAAUGACUGCUAAUGGCUAAGAACCUGCUGCUGAUGUGGGAAUAGGGGGCCACUACUGAGUCAUGGGUAACCUCCCCCCCCCCUUUAGGGCUCCAUAAUUUGUUGGUGCCUGGAGCAUUUAUGAGGUCCUGCUGAAUAAGCUGCACUUUCUCAUAGAAUCGGUGAUCCUCCCUGUCCUCCUGUCAUCAUAUUGCACACCUCCAUCCAUCGCUGCCGCUCAGGAUAGCGGUUCUGCACACGUCAAAAGUGUGACUGAAGCCACGUUUGUGGGUGAGCGUGUGAGCCCUGUUAGCCCGUGAGCCCGUUAGCUUAAUCCCCCAGAUGGAAGCACGUCUGAUUGGGAGAAAACGGACCGGCUUCCCAUGCACAGAGGCUGGUGUCCCCACACUCGACCGACACGUUGCUGCAUGGAGGCUCGUGUUCCACAGUUCCGGAGAUUAUUAGAUGCUUUAAUGUUUGAGUUGUGCCGUUAAUAGUUGGAGGUACUCAGUUGUGAAAUCUAUCUCCAUUCCUACUGUUUGGAUCCUGUCAGUAUCUGACGUCCCUGAUAAUUUCAAGAAUACAGAUGGGGGGGGGCGCUUUUUUUUUUUCUCUCUCUCUUCCCACCUGGAUUUUCAGUUGAAGUUUGAUUGUAAUGUUUGUAAUAACCUCUAAUACCAAAAAGGAGAAAGUUUUGCACGUACCAGAAGGACAUGUUAAGGAAUAUUUGUGUUUCGACUGUGAAUGGCAGUUUGCCAAGCAAACGUCUGUUCGAGGCUAACCAUACGGAUAAAUACUUAUAAGGAGCGUCCCUUCUCUCAGCACUGAGGGGGCCCUAGCUGAGUAAGGGCGUGGAGCUCACAGCCACCCCCCAAGUGAAGCAGAUUAAGAUUCUUCUGCUCAUCGUGAUGCAGCCUGCUAACUGCUCAUCUGAGGGGUUGUGACAACCCACCCACCCCAUUCUGCCAGUGUCUGAACAUCACAGCGUGACUGAGGUGAUUCUAACUCUCCAGCUCCUGUUUUCUCAUAUACCGUGGUCCCCCGGAUCUGGAAUGUAAAUGAUGUCAUUAUAUGAAGCUUGUGGAAACUCGCCUUGGGCACUGGCUGCUCUGCCUGCUGUCACACACCACUGACACCUCCGGUCGCUGCGUCCUGUCACCAAGCGUUACCUCAGCUCCGGGGCCUGGCCGUAAGGCCGGCUGGCCCCCGCGGACCAAAGAAACCUGACUGCUGCAGAGCUCAUGCCAAAGGCUGUUAGCUGCACUGUGUCUGCUCACACUGGGAGAAUGAGACCCUCUCAUCACAGGUGGCUCUUUACGCAUGUAUACAACUAACCAAAGAGUUCUGCCAGUCCGGUUGAGUUGUGUAUAUUAAAAAACAAGACAGAUUACGGCUGUGCUGUUUACCUGUGAACACUACUGAAGGCCCUGCUCCUCUCUGAGGGGUUCCUGCUCCAGCCAGGGACCCCCCCCCCCAGCCAAAAGCUAACUGCAAAAACAGCCAGUCCCCAUCCAGGCUGCUCCUCCUGGUUCCAGCCUAUGCGUCAAGGGGGCAAGAAGUCAAAUUAUCAUCACACCCCUGCCCUUUUUUAUAUUCUGUACGCCUGCCAGUCAGAAUCCACCCCCCACCCCCCAUACUUCUGGGCCAGCACUGUUGAACACCAAGUCGGACUUGUGACAGUUCUGUUGCACAGUGAUGUGAAUAUACUACGAAUAGUUACUUGUACCACGUUGUGAACCUGACAACACUGUAAAUAAUACAUUUAUUUGCCUUUCAA